UGUUAAUCUAUCAUACGGCAAAAAGGAGCUCGUACAAUGUUUACAGAUUUAACUGUUAGCUAGACCUAAAAGCUAGGCUACAUUUGGUACUUACUGUAUUUGCUUUUCAAGAUGUCGAAUGAGAUUAUGUACGACGGCAACCCAGAAAUGAGGCAACCAACAUCACCGGCUGAGGAGACAUGUCGAAUAACCAGUUGUCUGCUAACGUCAGCCUUAGCGGCAAGUCUAGGCACAUCGUUUCUCGUUGGGUACAAUAUCAGUGUAAUGACGGGGCCGUCGGCAUUCAUACAGACAUUUUACAACCUGUCCUACUAUGAUCAACAUGGACUUUAUUUAUCAGAGGGUCACUCUUUAUGGCUUUGGGCUUUCACCAUCGCCAUAUUUUGUAUCGGAGGGUCUCUGGGAGCAUUGGGAUCUACAUAUAUAUCUGACGUCUACGGCAGGCGAGGAGCGUUACUCAUGACAUGUGCUAUUGCAGUAUUGGCAUCUGUUUUGAUGGGGAUUAGUCAAUUAAUAAAUGUUUACCAAUUGGUCAUCGCAGGAAGAUUCAUAAUCGGUGUUGCUGGGGGAAUUGUUCUGGUUACCACGCCACUUUACUUGUCCGAGAUUUCGCCUGUACGGUUCCGUGGAGGUGUAGCGGCAAUCCACCAGCUAGGCGUAUCCCUUGGCAUUCUAGUAGCACAGCUCCUUGGACUCUAUCCGCUUUAUACGCAAGAGCUUUGGCCAAUACUGCUUGCUAUGACCGGCGUCUUCAGUUUAAUUGGCUGUAGUGUGUUAGUAUGCUGUCCAGAAAGUCCAAGGUGGUAUCUUAUAAGAUCCUCCACCACCCAGCAUGUAGGAGAAUCUGAGGCUCUUCUCCAGGACAAUGAAAACAGAUACAGAGCAAGAGAAUCUUUAAAACGUCUUCGAGCUACUGGAGAUGUUGAAGUUGAAAUAGCUGAGAUGUUAUAUGAACGAAGGCAGGAAUUGUCGGCAAGUCGAGUAGGGAUAUUGGAUGUAAUAACUUUGAAAGAUCCAAUGUGGAAAUGGCCUUUGAUCAUAUCUAUAGUACUCCAUUCCAGUCAGCAGCUUGCUGGAAUAAAUGCUGUAAUGUAUUACACAACAGAACUCUUUAUUCAAGCGAGUUUAAGUAAAGAAGUCGUCAAGGUUGCGACUUGCGGUACAGGUCUUGUGAUUGUUAUAACUGACGUCAUAACGAUUUUCUUUGUGGACAAAUUAGGAAGACGAUUCUUCUUGCUUUUAUCAUACUCGGUGAUGGCAGCGGCAACUGUCUUCUUGACAGUGUCAAUGACAGCAAAUGGUGAUGUAUGGCCUUAUCUAUCGAUAGUUUCUGUGUACAUUUUCCUCUUUGGAUUCUCGCCUGGACCAGGAGCUAUGACAAUGGUGAUAGUGCCUGAGAUCUGAACACAAGGCCCAAGAGCAGCCGCCAUGUCUAUUGCUGGACAGUUUAACUGGUGGUCAAAUUUUGUCGUUGGAAUUGCAUUUCCAUUUAUGCUGGAUGGCUUAGAGGGAUACUCGUUUCUGAUAUUCUCCGGUUAUUUAGUAUUGAUAGUAUUUUUCUUAUAUUUCUUCGUACCUGAAACUAAAAACAAAACGUUUGCUGAGAUAUCGUCUAGUUUUAAAAUUAGCUUUGGC